AUGGAGAAGCACGGGCUGACCUUCCAGAAGAGCCUGGGAGAAGGGGCGUAUGGCACAGUGGUGAAAGCCUACUGCAGCCGCAUGAGGAGGAACUACGCCGUGAAGAUCAUCAACGGCUCCAAGGUGGAGACCAGUUACCUGCUGAAGUUCUUGCCUCGAGAAUUAGAAGUCAUGAAAGCUCUGAACCAUCCCAACGUCAUCACCACAUACCACAUACUAGAGCAGAGCAUCUGCAAGAACGUUUCUACUCACGUUCGCGUCAAAACUCACAUCAAAGCCCACGUCAACGCUCAGGUCAACGCUCAGGUCAACGCUCAGGUCAACGCUCAGGUCAACGCUCAGGUGUUUGUGGUGAUGGAGCUGUGUGUGAACGGAGACCUCUGUGGGUACCUCAGCUCCAGAGGCCCCCUGCCCGAGGAGAGCAGCAGGACCUUCUUCCUCCAGCUGUGCCGAGCCGUCCAGUACCUGCACAACCUCCACGUCACGCACCGCGACCUCAAAUGUGACAAUCUUCUGCUGGACCAGAACCACAACAUCAAAGUGUGUGAUUUCGGCAUGUGCAGACGGCUGACCUUCACCGGGGGACACAUGGACUUCAGCAGGACCUUCUGUGGCACCAGCAGCUACACGGCCCCCGAGGUGCUACGCUCUGUCCCCUACAACCCUGUAGUGGCCGACGUGUGGAGCAUGGGGGUGGUUCUGUUCCGGAUGCUCUAUGACCAUCUCCCGUUCGACUCUGCACACGUUCUGCUGAUGGUGAGGCUUCAGAUGGGUCACAAGAUACACUUCCUGGACUCUGUUCAUGUCUCCCCUCAAGCUGUCGCUCUGAUCAAGAGCAUCCUUCAGGCAGAUGUGGGACUGAGGAUCAGCCUGGACGGGAUCCUGUGCAGUCCGUGGAUGAUGCCGUCUGGACGAGUUGACACAGGGAACGAUCCCAAAAGGAACAAGCCCAAAGGGAACCAGCCCAAAGAGAACCAGCCCAAAGGGAACCAGCCCAAAGGGAACAAGCCCGACACCAAACCCAGAUUUAAGGAGGACUUUGAAGAAGGAACCUCGGACCAGCACAGUGAGAAGUGA